AUGUUUACACGUCGUUUUUCGAGUUAUAAGAAAUAUGCUCAACAGUUCAAAAGUAAGCCUGGGUCUUACAUGACUUCAUUUGCCAUCUUACAUGAAUUGACUGCGGUUGCUCCUUUUCCAUUCAUCUAUUUUGCACUUGAUAAUUCUAAUCUGAAGAUUCCUUUUCCUGAAUCUGUUGUUUCUGAAGGCAAUCGAUUUAUUAACAAGGCACGCGUGUAUUAUAAAUAUGAACCAUUAGAAGCAGAUAACCGUGUCAUGGUCAAUUUGGUUACAACAUAUUGUAUUGUGAAGGCAUUAUUACCUGUACGUUUAGCAGCAUCUGUGGCCAUGACACCUUUUUUUGCUGAAAAGUUGAUUGGACCUAUGUUCCAGUUUGUUCGCAAACAGUUUUGA